UCUCAGCGCGUGACACCUACACUCUCGGUCUAUAUAUAGAGAGCUCCGCGAACGGGCUAUCGCUGUGAGGAGCUUGAUGCGACAACUCGAAGUGCAAAGUUCAACACUAUUAGCACAAAGUUUGAACUUGUGAAUUAAUAUUUUACUUCCAGCAGUUGGCAGAAUUGACAGCUGGGAUUCUAUUUAGGUUGCUCAAUUAACUGGUACCUCAGCCUAAAUGCCCAGGCACAUAUUUAGGCUACCGAUAUCAGUAGACAGAAACCGGUUUAGGUGUGAGGAUGUUUCUGACAUUAAGGUAUGUUGUGAAGCAGCCAUUGAUGAGACUGACUUGGAAGACACGCAGACAUGAUGCUGGAAGGUCAGCAGUGCAUGUUUCCAGAAUUGGCUGUUAUUCAACAUGUGGUCAAAGUGUUAAAACUACAAGAGUGUCUAAGCAUCUGUUGUUGAAAGAGCUGGAAUCAAACUCGGUAACUUCCGAUUGGAACACAGAGAAAACAGAUAAACCCUUGGUUCUGUUAUUUGACUGGUUGUAUGCCAAGCCCAACCAGCUCAGAAAGUACUCCGCUUUGUAUCAUAACAUUGGCCUAGAUGUGUUGACAGUUACAGGCAGACUGUCAAACUUCCUGUGGCCACCAGUGGGCUACAAGUUAGCUGAAGAAAUAUUCAACUAUCUCUUUGUGGAACGCAAAACCAAGGAUGAGUUGUUAAUUCAUGCCUUCUCAAUAGGUGCUUUCAACUAUACUAUCUGUCUGACUUUAGCUGACCGCCAUCCAGAGCUGUAUGGCAUGUUCAGAGACCGGGUUAUAGGACAGGUGUUUGAUAGUAUUGUUAUAGGUUCAUAUGACAAUAUGACAGAAGGGAUGGUCACUCUUUUUCCUAAUAUGGUCUUCAAGAAGGCUGUUUACCCUGUGGUGGAUAUGUAUUACAGAGCAACAAGCAAGAACACAAAAGAUGAAUAUGAUCGGUUAGUGGCUCUGUUUAAAGAAAAAACAAUUCAAGUUCCAACGAUAUUCUUUUAUUCUGAGAAUGACCCCAUGUGCCAUGUCCCUACUAUGGAGUCCAUGCUGAGGAACUGGAGGGAGAAUGUACCCGAGUUCCAGGUUGAAGCCAAGAGCUGGGAAGUGUCCCAGCACACCGCACAUCUCAAGCACCAUCCAGAGGAGUACUUACAAGUGUGGAAAAAACUGGUGGACAAAGUUCUGUGAAUAUACAUGUGAUGAACUUAUUAUCUUGUAGAAUUAGUAUUACUGUAAAUGUGAUUCAUAUUGUAAGAGUGGCUUGAGAAGAUUGGCCAUUGUUGACAGAUUGUUUUUGUGUGAAAAUUAUUCAUGGCAGUUAGUGUUUUUGUUCAUGUGGGUUAUUUUCCAGGCUCGAUCAUAGCGCCACCAGUGGCUAUUAUGAGUUAUGUCCCUUCUAUGCCUCUUCUAUGGACCAAUCAGAUUCCUCCUCUCAUAUGGCUUGCAUUUG